ACGCAAGGGAACGUUAUUCUCGUCUCCAAUUGGUCAGAGAGCCUCACUCAAGCCCCGCCCCCUGAGUUUACAAGCGACUGCACAGCUGCUAAAAGUACAGUGCUGAAAAUUCUCAUUUCGAGGGGGCUCAUUUUCCUUUCAAGCGCCCGAGAAUGAGUCCGUUCAAGGAGCGCUUCGUGACUCUCCUCCAUGAGAAGAACUUCGUCACCGAGCGGCUGGCGACGCUGGAGCAAAUAACGGGAACCAAGAGGGAAUAUAUCGUCUUGGGUGCACUGGUUUUCGUCGGCCUUUAUCUCCUCUUCGGGUACGGCGCCUCGUUGCUGUGCAACCUCAUUGGCUUCGUCUAUCCGGCCUAUUUCUCUAUUAAAGCCAUUGAGAGCACGGCGAAGGAGGACGACACGCAGUGGCUGACCUACUGGGUGGUGUACGGACUCUUCAGCAUCUUCGAGGCCUUCUCUGACAUCUUCCUGUUCUGGUUCCCCUUUUACUACGCCGGGAAGUGCGUCUUCCUCAUCUGGUGCAUGGCUCCGGUGACGUGGAACGGCUCCGACGUCCUGUACAAGCGCGUCAUCCGGCCCUUCUUCCUGAGACACCAGGCCACCGUGGACGAGGUGGUGAGCGACCUGAGCGCCAAGGCCAAGAGCGUGUCGGAGAGCGUCACGCAGGAGGCUGUUAAUCGGGCUCUGAACCACAACAAGAACCAGUGAGGAACAUGGAAAUACGUACAGUAUGUGUGGUUGUCUGUGAGAGGGAGAGUGUGUGUGUGUGUGUGUGUGUGUUAACGUUUUUGUUUGUCAAAGAAAAGAAGGAAAAAAAAAAAAAAAGCCUUAAAAAAUAUUUCCAUGGGUACAAUCAGCACAGAAUGUGAGAAUGCGGUAACGAAUCAGCAGGGUUGAAGCACUCCUGGGAGAUGUUCUGCGGGACUGAGCCAUUGCAGUCUGGAAACUUAAAAGCUACCAUCCAAAAGAUGCCACAUUGGCGCUGGUCUUAAAAGCACAGCUCGUACGACCGAGCGCCUUUUUAAAAAAAAAAAUAAUAAUAAUAGUUUUUCCUCAUAUUGUCGUUUGAUCAUGAAGAUGAAAUAAACUGGAACUCUGAU